AUGGAUAUCAAGCCUACAGAGACUAUUGUAGUUCAUUUAGGAUCCCUUUAUUUACGUGUUGGAUUCGCUAAUCAAAUGCAGCCUUAUACAAUUCCCAACGUAAUCGCUUAUCGCCAACCUGGUACUCAGUUGCAAUCAGCAUUACCACCAUGUGAUGCAGAAACUUUAUUUAAGGCUUACUCAAUGGUGCAAAAUUACUUGCAAAGCACUGGCUUCCUUAAAGACCACAUUCCAAAAAUUGUACUUCCAAAGAAAAAAUCAAAAAGCAAGAGGAAUGCUUCAGAUAUGCAAAUUGAAGAAGAAAAUGAAGGGGAAAGCGAAACAGCACUUGAACCAUUGCCAAGAAGAACUGAAGCUUCUCAUAAUCCUCCUUAUCUAGUUGGAGAUGAAGCUUACAAUCUUGGACCAGGAGAGCCUUAUAUAAAACAUUGGCCUAUUUUAAGAGGGCAUUUCAAUAUUAGCCAAUCACAAUCAUUAAGAACUGUUAUUAGUGAUUUAGAAAGAAUUUUAGAAUACACAGUUGUGAGAAUAUUACUCUCUUCAUGAACUAAAAUAAAUUGUACAAAUUAAAAUUUGGUAUAAAAGUUAUAAUAUGAUGAGAACUUAAUUCAAUUCUAUUAAAUUUAGAUGGUUUGAGUCUUAAAAUAUAAAUUUAUAAAUUAAUUUGAUUUCAUUACAAAACAUAUAGAAAUUUGGAUUUUUAAGAUCUGAAAUUCAUGUUAAAAAAUUAACUCCUGAGUAGGCAAAAAAUUUUAUUUGUUAGCCAAGGGAUUAAGAAUUCCAAGAGAAAUGUUUCAUCAAUUUUCAGUGGUCCUUAUUAUUCCGGACGCAUUUUAUAAAGAGCAAGUCAAAGCCCUUGUCGAUAUUUUAUUGAGAACUUUAGGGUUUAGAAGCAUUUUUUUGCAUCAAGAAAGCGUUUCAGCGAUAUUUGGCGCUGGAGUUCCAAGUGCCUGUGUCGUUGAUAUAGGAGCUUCACACAUAAAUGUAAUAUGCAUUGAUGAAGGUGUCAUCAAUCCGAAAACUCAUGUAAGACAAUUUUAUGCUGGAAGAGAUAUUGAUAUCCUUUUAAUGAGAGUCUUAAUCAGACCAGACGCUGAUGGGCUUGACCAACUACGCAUAGUCGAAACUUUAAAAAAAGAAGCCUGCAGAUUUUUCCAACAAGAAAACAGCAUCACUUAUGCAUGCUCAAGUGAAAGUGGCUUAUUACGUGUCAACUCCAAUAACCCCGCCCUUAUUGUCGGCGCCCACUCAUUAUUUCACACUUCUCUAUUAGAAAUUUCUUCAGGCCCACCAAAAAUACCACUGGUCUUGCAUCCAGCAUUUUCUUAUGACACCGACGACUAUUUAGAUGACUUGGUUGAAACAAAAUUAGAAUCUCCAACUCACCCUGUAGUGGACAAAGUUUUAAGUUUAGAUCAAAUGAUUAUACGAUCAAUCUCUGCGUAUGACCAGGCUGAUGCCCGUAAGAAAAUGGCUAAUUGUAUAUUAUUGACUGGGGGAGGAGGAAUGUUUCCUGACAUUGUCGAUAUAUUAGAAGAUAGGCUAAUAAAUAGGUUUCCUGAAGAUGCAGGGGUCGAUAGAGUAGAAGUCAAGGCAAGCGUCACACAUUCUGAUAGUGAUGGAAAUAAAGAGCAUAUAAAACCUGACCAUUUAAUGUGGGUUGGAGGGACUGUGAUCCCUAAUUUAGAUAGUGCAAAAGAGCUGUGGAUAACGAAGAGCAGAUGGAUUGGAGAGUGGCAGCCCACUGAAGCGAAAGAAGAGCUUAUGGCGAACUUUGUAAGCUUUGAAAAUCCUCAUCAAUUGACUGAGAUGUGCAGGAAAUGGAGAAGAGAUAGACCAUUAGAAGGAGGUGUUAGACAUAUUAAGGAAAAAUGCAAUUUCUUUUGGUAA